GGGACACAUAGGUUGAUUCAGUGUGUGAGAGCUAGAAAAAAAAAAAAAACACAUGGAGAGAGAAACAACUGAGAUGAAGCAAUCCAAGUUCAAGAGGAUUUGUGUGUUCUGUGGCAGUAGCCCAGGGAACAAAACUAGUUAUAAGGACGCUGCUAUUGAGCUUGGAAGGGAAUUGGUGUCAAGAAAUAUUGAUCUAGUUUAUGGAGGAGGCAGCAUUGGUUUGAUGGGCUUGAUUUCUCAUGCUGUUUACGAUGGCGGUCGCCAUGUAAUUGGAGUUAUUCCCAAGACACUUAUGCCAAGAGAGCUUACUGGAGAAACAGUGGGAGAAGUUAAGACAGUGGCAGACAUGCAUCAAAGGAAAGCCGAGAUGGCUAGACAUUCCGAUGCCUUUAUUGCUUUACCUGGUGGCUAUGGGACACUUGAGGAGCUCCUUGAGGUGAUAACUUGGGCUCAACUUGGCAUCCAUGAUAAACCGGUGGGAUUGCUCAAUGUUGAUGGAUACUACAAUACCUUUUUGUCUUUCAUUGACAAAGCUGUGGAGGAAGGCUUCAUAAGCCCCACAGCUCGCCAUAUAAUUGUGUCUGCCCCAACACCAAAAGAGCUUGUCAAAAAUAUGGAGGAAUAUUUCCCACAACACGAAAGAGUUGCCUCUAAACUAAGCUGGGAAAAUGAGCAGCUAUAGAUUAGUCCUCAAAUUGUGAAAUCUGAAGGUGUUUAGAUGAUUAUGAUGAUGAUGAUGAUGAUGAUGGAAGUUUGGUGUAGAAGACAGUUGUUAGUCAGAAUGUCAGAUAGUUAGAGAGACUAUUAUCGUAGAUGACCACAAUUUCCUGGGGCCGGGUUUCUUUGUGCUCUUAAUUUCCUUGUCCUUGUAAACUAUAGAUUUGACUGCAAUAGCUAUGAAGGUUAACUGCU